UCCAGUUGUUAUGCAGCGUGGUGUGCGGUGCAUGGAGGUGCGGUGUGUGCUACUCGGGCGGCCGCAUCCACGUGUUUGUGUUUACAGCCUGCUUACCUUUUGAUCUGUGUCAGUGUGCGAUAUUCAACACUGUUAACGUUGUGUCGCCUCUGAAAUGCCAGGCCGAAAAGGCCAAUUAUCGAUCGUCCGUAAUAGUUCUGACGACGCACAGUAACUGACAGACGUGACUGACUGACUUCUCGUCGAUUUUCCCGUGGGCACUUUCCAGCAUAAAAGAAGCGACGUUGAAAUCAUCAUGGCUCUCGCAAACAGCCUGAUGUACGAGCUCACAAAUAAUAGACUAAGUAGGAGCAUGAGAUUUGCCCGAAUGGCGCUACGUUCUCCAGUCUACAUACCUCAAAAACGAGAGAUCAUCGUCUCGUGGAUCUGCCGAACCAUUGAGGAGCGAGAAAGGUUGAAGAUGACAGGCGAGGGCACUGGUGCUCUUUGGAAAAUGCUACUGUCGUUGGUCAAUGAUAUGCAGCCUCUUGAGGUUGCUAUGGUUGUACAAGACUCGUUCCUACAGUCCAGGAGAAACUUGAACAACUUGCAAAGACUGAUUAUGCAGAAUGUCCUGCUGGAAACAAUGACUGCUCUUAUCCAGAAAGCACCACAGAGUACACUGAUCCUGAAGCUACCAGCAUUGGUGGCGCUCCUGUCUGUAACACUGAAACAGUGUCGCCUGUGUAUAAAGAAGGCGGCAUUGCUUGACCAUUUGUGCUUCACCGCAUCUGCAUUGAUGGAGGUUGUCUUAGCACCCUGGUAUCAAAAUCCAUGCAAUACGCAGGAGGCAUUUGGUCAUCUCAAGCCGUUGCUCGGCAACAUGAUGUACAUUUUGCACUUCAAGAAAGCAGGAUCAUCAGAAGCUGUACAGAAGGUGCACAAAACGAUAAAGAAAUUUGUGCACGUCUGCUUCUUCCAGAGGAGCAACGUGAAUACCUGGCUGAUAGCUCUGUAUGAGUAUCUACGCAUAGAUGGCUGGAACGCUGUAGUCCCUUUCAGCAAAGAACAGCUGGAGGAAUUUAAAAAACGCAAAGGGAAAGGAGAAGACGAUGAACCUGAAGAUGAGCCUGCAGAUGGAGAUGUAAAAGUAGAUGAAAAGAUGAUUGAAAAGCUGCAGGCUGAGCCCCAUAAACAGAAAAUAGCGCAGAAGGAUGAUGAGUACCUGCUGGAACAGCUCAUGGAAUUCCUCAGCAAUGUACUCAAAGAAGAGAAAGUAUUAUCAAAGACAUCUCCAGCAAACUACAUGCCCGAGUUCUUUCCUGUGUUCCUUGAGGGUCUCAUCACUCGCAACAAAACUGAAGACCUGCAGUCUAAUACGGUACUGUUGGCUUACUUUGCCUAUCAUCUUGGUGUCAAGUGCGCUACAUUCAACGGAACAGUGCCCAUGAACAUGACGCUGAGUCAAGAGCAGCGACUCUACUACCUUAAAAAGCUCCUGGAGGUGUACCAGGCCACCGAGCAAUACUGCCUAGUCGUGGUGAUGCCCCAGUUCAAGCGCAGUCUGUUCAAGCCACGCCGCUGGUUUGGAGAGCUCGCUGCCAAGCUACAGUCCCUAGAGUACACAACUGCUGCCUGGUUCCAGUGCCUGGGUACCAUAAUGAGGAUUGCACCCAAUCUUGUCGAAGGCAGCAUGAUCAAAACUCUGGAGAAAUGCUGGGAGGUUUGUGGACAGCAACGACCAGGCCUCAUAAAGGCGAGGAACCUACUUCUAGACAGCAUCCUUGCCACCUACACCGAACUGUUUCGAGUGCCAAAGCUCAUCCGGAACAUUUUCUCAUCGUUCACGCACCUGAGCACCCCACUAGCGCAGACAAGCCUCCCAGUGUCUUUCCUGCACAAGUUAGCUGAAUGCUGCAUCAACCUCCCUCCCGGCCAGCUGACCGACACGUGGCAGUUUCUUGUAGACCAACUCGGCUACUGGACGACAGGGAAUACCAAGGGAAACAUGCCUGAAAGUGGAGUGCCUGCAAAAAAGGAGAACCACCUCCCCAAGGUCCUUGUUGUGACAGAAAUUUUCCAAACAUUUGCACACCACAUCCAGGUAGUCAACCCAACCACGCCACCAUUGUAUGUGAUGAAAAUCUGCGAGUUGAUGCUAGCGACCCGCGAGCUUGCCACGCAGAUGCUGGAUGUCAGCUUCAAGAAGCAAAAUAAGCAACGUGCCCGAUGUGCUCUGUCCAUGUUUCACCUGUGGGGAGAGCUUCAUCUUGUUCUCUGCCUAUAUCGGAGAAGUUAUGGCGAAGCAUACACAGCUCCCGAGCUGACAGCACCGCUGGAGGCCACGGACCUUUCUUUCCUCCAUCCUUCCCUCACAGCUGACAAAGUGGAGUCCCUGUUGGUCAUGAUGCAAGCAGACCACACAAAGCUCAUAUGCCACCACCUCAUGCUUCUCUGGAUUCAAAAGAUUAGGGCACUUGUCCUGUUCACGGAAGUUACAAACGAACAUCUUGAAGCGAGUUUGCAAGCUACAGCCAAGUUGGUUUUCUCCCAUGUUGACAUGACUGUUAGCACUUCAGUGUGGUCACAGAGGGUAUGUGAAAUUUCAGAAAGCCGUUUUCCUGUGGCUUCGUUGCACACACUGUUGAUCAACUUCCCCCUGCUGUCCCCUUACUUGCCAGCUAAGGAUGUCACAGCACUCUGCCAGUUCUUCUUGGAAGUGAUGGCACAUACGAAAGGAAAAGAUGUGGUUGACAGCAAGAAGAAUUCCAUCAGUCAAACAAAAAUUGUCACCACCUACCUUGGAAGCCAAGCAUUUAUUGAAUGCAAGUUGGCCCAGACCUGCUAUGUCACAGCUGUAUGGAAAUGUGUUUCUACGAUGUUCAAGGCUAGAAAAAGGAAGCUUGACUCUGAAGAAGAGCCCAGAGGUCUGUGUCGGGCACUUGUGGACGUCCUUUCGGGACCUGUGAAGUGGGAAAAGUAUGCAGAGACUGUUCCACAGGCCGACUACAGCUCGAAACAGCUACUGCCUUCGGAAGGCCUCAACAAGAUGUGGGAAGCCAUUCAUGCUGCCUCUGAAAAGCUGGCAGCCAUCAUUGCCACGAGCUCGGAGACCUUCAGUGAGAGAAUCACUGUGGCAGACGUCUCGUUUUUACUGGAGGCCUUGGACCGCCUCCCCUUGGGCAGCCUGUUUCCGGGAAACCAGUUGCGGUGUAUGCUUGGCCUUCUGGCAGUCACCUUUCUGCUUGAGGGCACAGUGGAGAAGAAAAGCGGCCCCCUCUGGGAGAAGAGACUAGCGGUUGUGAAAAGUGCUGUGGGAACCUUCUCUGCACUGUUGCAGAGCCCCAGGAGGUCCUGGCUUCUUGACUUCGUCAGCGGUGGAGCCUUGAUAAGCCGGCUAGUUGCAGUCUUCCAAGGCAACCUCUGUCAGGCCCUGGAGGACGAGUCAAUGCUGCAACUUUACGAGGGCAUCCUGGAGGCACUAGUGCGCCAAGCAUUGCGAAAGAAAAACACAGUCAGAAUGUUGAGUUCUGUAGUGAAAGAGAUUAAAGAAGUGGUUUCAUCUGCGAAGGGUCCUCUUUCAAAAGCACACACCAGUGCUGCGCUGGUUCUUUUCAAGGGAUUGGUGCUGGAGUUGCGCCGAAAGCCUCAUGAAGAUGUCAAAAGCUACAUCCAAAAGAUGGCCCACACAAUGUCAGAAGGUGCGGACUCCUGGCUGGGACGACUUCUUGGGUGCACCAAGCCAUCGGCAGAGAUGAGGAGACACAUCUACACUAUCGGCCUACUGCAGGCGCAGUACGCAUUUUGUUCCCAUAGGCUGUCGACUGACAGUGAAGUCAAUGACAGCUGCUGCAGCAAAGACACUCUUGCCGCCCUUUCCAUGGCCACGGCCGAACUGCAACAAUCAGAGGCAAGUGAAGUUGCUGACACCCUGGUUGAAGUUAUGGCACGGUUAGCUCACUACAGGUCCCGGUCCCCAGAACUACUGCCAGCUCCUUUUUCAGCACUGGGAAAAGGGAUCUAUACGCAGCUUGCACUGAGAGCUGCCGCUGAGUCAGCAAAGGCAGCCAGUGGCACCGUUUCCUUGACCCUGGAGAACUGCAUUCCAGACAAGCACUGCAAACUCACGGAGACAUUCUUUCAGGCCUGCACCUUGGCGGAAUUGAAAGAUAUUCUUGGUGAACUUGUGUCAACCCUGAUGAAAGACGAUGUGCAGUCAGUGCCAAUGAAAGUGCAUCUUCAAGUUCUCCAGCUUGUCUGCUCUUGUGUGGACAACCAGAAGCAAGAUGGAACUGCAAAGGACAUCAUGUCUAUAAUUCACAAAAUUAUCGAGUACUUUGCUGUCAUCCUUAGUCUGUAUGAGCUUGCUGAUCAUCCUGAGCUUGUUGUAUAUGUUCUCAAGUUUUUUUCAACACUUAUGACAAUGAGAAAAGUCGUUCUCUCCCAUCGAGGUGGAGUGGUGAUCUUGCAGUCAUUGAGCAGCCUCAACCUACUGCACCUGUGGAGCAGAAGCCAGGAACAUUUCUGCCAGUCUGUCGUGGCUGCUUCCAGGCUCCUCAGCAUCUUUCUCAGCAAGAGGAUAGUGAUGGUUGUCGGGUGCACGGUGGCCUACCAAAGCUGUGUUUCUCAUCUUCUCAAGAGCAUCAUCAAAGUCGGUGGAUCUGAGCAAUUAAAAGGUGAUUCGGUUAUGGCCUAUCAGGUGCACAUGUGUGCACUUUCCUUGGAAAGAUUGGUCGGUGAGAUUGCCUCACACAAGAAAGAGUUUUCUAAGACAGGUGGAUUUCUCAUAGCAGACUACAUUCUGGAGUCAAUCAACACUGUUUUGCACCCUCCAAUCAAGAAGACACUGCAGUUUUUGGUCUACAAGUUGUUUGAGCUUGCGGAUGAGCACAGAAGAGCCAUGGUGCAUGCAACCCUGCCUAAGGAAGGAACAGAGGUGUUCAAGACCCUAUAUGCUGACUCUAAGAGGCUACGCUUUAAGGGAAAAGUUUAGGGUCUUAGUAGUGAAUGUUAAAUGUUUUAAUUGUUAUUCUAGCUGUGACGUUUUUUCUACUCCGCCAGUAUAAACAUGUCAGUAUCAGGAACACUGCACGAAUAUGGGGAUAGGGAGGCAUAUAGACUGCUUCUGGGAGAAUCAGGGCAUCAGGAGCGCAGGAAAAAAGUGAUAGUGCAUAUGUGACCACAGUGGUAAAGCAGCAGUUCUGUUAACUGACUUCAGCUCAUGUGCAUAAUGUAUCUCUGCAUCAUACGUUCUCCCGAAGAACUCCCUUUCUGAAAUUUGUUCUAAAUUUGUCGACUGCAUGAUCUGUGUCAAUAAAAAAGAAAUAUAUGUAUUUAUGUAUUGGACAAAAGACAUAGUUGUGGUAUUAUGCAAAUAUAACACCGUAUACCAAUAUUUUAGUUCUGUUUGCAGUUUCCUUCAGUUUUGAUGGCUCAUAAUGUAGAGAAAAUGCGGCGCUGAAAAGCGAAGCCACAUGGUUAUAUCAGGUUUAGUAUUUUUUUUUUUUGCACCACAUCAUCUCAUACAGCAAAGUUGGUAAGGAGAGUGCAGUGCCCAUAAAAAAUGGCAGCGGGAACAGUUAAAAGUUCAACACAGCCACCCCCCGCUCCUAGUCUCUCUUGGAAGGAAAUCCUGGCUCUACCCCUGGAAGUUGGGCCAGCAUGCAGUCAAGCAUUUCUGUGAAAAGCAACAGGCAUUUACUGUGUUUCCCCGCUUGCAGUGUCAUUUUAUGAAGUCAUGCUUCACAAUUACAAUAGCAUCAUCCUCGCAGCUAGAAGAGAAAUAAUGAGACAGAACAUGCACAUUUUCUGUUCUCUAUAUUUUUUCGUACAACCUUUGCAAAUCUUGUUGCAGUGUUUCAUGGCAUUCUAAUAAAGCUUUUUUUUUUUUUUGGUGCAUUUCUGACAAAACUGGUAAGCACUUAAACAUCUUUGUUGCUGUUGCCUUUUUUUUUAAAUCCAUCACAUUUCAAUAAAACCUAUUUUGAGUGCAUUUGUGAACAAAAUGAUCUUGCAUUUUUAUUUUUUUUUAAUUUUCGUCCCAGCUAAGUAAAAUAGACUUGGGGUGCUUUUCUAAUAAAGAAGCCUUUGGAAAGC